AUGGGAGAAACUAACAAGCUAAGCACGUCAGCUAAGCCGAGGGAAUUUGACACCGAAUCAACGGCCCGCGAAUCAGCCUCCAGCCAGUCUAACAAUUCGUCCCCUUCACGAACGCCAAACGAGCCAGCAAGACGGGAUAGCCAGCACAGCCAACACAGUCAUGCAAGUCGCGCAUCGCGUGCAAGCCGCGCAUCUCAUGCCUCUGACGAUAGUGACCCGCUCGAACCACUGGAACUGGCGAUCUCGCAGGGAUACGACGACCACAUUAACCGCAUCCGGACAGCCACAAGUGUUGGGAGCUCGGCCUCACGUCCGCCUGAUUUCGAAGUAUCUUUUGACGAUGAUGACCCAGAAAACCCUCGCAACUGGUCUUUCGGCUAUCGCGCAUGGGUGACAUUCUGCAUCUCGUUUACCACCUGGGUUGUAGUUCUCUACAGCACAAGCUACACAGCCACUAUUUCCGGCUUGAAGUUGGAGUACAAUGUUCAAAGUUCGACUAUCGUGACUCUAGGAGUGACUACGUAUUUGCUCGGCCUUGCUGUUGGAAGCUUGCUUGUGGCCCCGGCCAGUGAGUUGUGGGGACGCCGGCCAGUCUACAUUGUCUGCAUGAUAAUUUUCACUGUGCUUGUGAUACCAAGUUGCGUAGCGACAUCGCUGGCUGAGAUCAUCGUAGUAAGAUUCUUUGGCGCUGUGUUCGGCGCGGCUAUGAUUUCUAACAGCGCAGGGACCGUAGUCGAUAUCUCAACUGAGGAAACUCGUGCUUUGGUCAUGUCGAUAUGGUCGAUCGCGCCGCUUAAUGGCCCAGUGACGGGACCGGUCAUCGGCGGAUUUGUCUUCCAGUACCUCGGUUGGAGAUGGGAUAACUGGCUUGUACUCAUCCUUGCUGGUGUCGGGACCAUGACAAUGUUCACGGCAAAGGAAACAUACUCGCCAAUCAUCUUGCAGAAAAAGGCUGCUCGCGUACGAAAGGAAAUGGAAGACGAGAGGUGGUGGUCCCGAUACGACAACAAAGUUUCGCUGCCCGAACUUGUAAAAGUUAACCUCAUGCGACCAUUCGUCCUCUUCUUCACUGAGCCUAUCCUGUGGUUCUUCAACCUCUGGAUCUCACUUAUCUACGGCAUCUUGUACCUGUGUUUCGUCGCCUACCCCAUCGUGUUUCAGCAGUACCGUGGUUGGGGUCCAGGCAUUUCAGGUCUGGCAUUUGUUGGAAUCGGCAUUGGAACUAUGGUAGCCAUCCUAAGCGAGCCCUUAUUUCGCAAGAUCAUCAAUGCGCACCCCAAAGACCCCAAGACGGGCAGGGUCCCCCCUGAGGCGACAGCAAGAGUUAUGAUCAUCGGGGCCAUCCUGACACCCAUAGGGCAAUUGGUGUUUAGUUGGACUUGCCUUCCAGUCACGAUACAUUGGGCGAUUCCGAUUGCAUUUGGCAUCCCCUUUGGCGCUGGUAACACCAUCAGCUUUAUUUACGGUAGCAACUACCUGGCUGGCUCAUAUGGCAUCUAUGCUGCGUCGGCCCUGGCAGGCAACGCCGUGACGCGAAGCAUUUUUGGCGGUACGCUACCGCUCGCUGGACCCAGCAUGUAUGCCACACUCUCGCCUCAGUGGGCGGGCACGCUUCUAGGGCUGCUGGAGGUGGCCAUGAUCCCGAUCCCCAUCAUUUUCUACAAGUAUGGGGCAAAAAUUCGGGCCAAGAGUCCGGCAAUCAAACAACUAAGGGAAGAUGCAGAGAAGAACGAGCGUCGACUUGAGAAGGCGCAAAGGAGAAAAGAGAAAUACGCGGAGGGUUCAGGUCCAAUUGGUGACCCCCUGGUCCACGAUGUCGAGAAAGAAGCCGGCGCGCAAGCGCAUGCGGCGCCGACGAGAACCAAGGACGAGACUGAUGUAUGA